AUGCCCCCGCGGGAUCACAGCCUCCGAGGAAUCCUCCAGAAGACCCUUGCGUCAGAAAAAGUGGUCUUCAAUGUCAGCAGAAUAUCUCUGGGUCAGCUGAAUGCUUCGUUGUCUGGGAAAUCUCCUAAGUGUCAGCAGAAUCCUUCCUUGUCAGCAGAAAACCCAAGUGUCAGUAGAUUGUCUAUUGCCAUGAGAAUCCGUGUCCCAGUGUCAGCAGACUCCCCUGACAUCAACAAAAUACCCCAGCGUCAGCAGACUCCCCUGGCAUCAACACAAUACCCCAGCGUCAGCAGACUCCCCUGGCUUCAACAAAAUACCCCAGCGUCAGCAGACUACCCUGGCAUCAACACAAUACCCCAGCGUCAGCAGACUCCCCUGGCAUCAACAAAAUACCCCAGCGUCAGCAGACUCCCCUGGCAUCAACAAAAUACCCCAGCGUCAGCAGACUCCCCUGGCAUCAACAAAAUACCCCAGCGUCAGCAGACUCCCCUGGCAUCAACAAAAUACCCAAGCGUCAGCAGACUCCCCUGGCAUCAACAAAAUACCCCAGCGUCAGCAGACUCCCCUGGCAUCAACACAAUACCCCAGCGUCAGCAGACUCCCCUGGCAUCAACAAAAUACCCCAGCGUCAGCAAACUCCCCUGGCAUCAACAAAAUACCCCAGCGUCAGCAGACUCCCCUGGCAUCAACAAAAUACCCCAGCGUCAGCAGACUCCCCUGGCAUCAACAAAAUACCCCAGCGUCAGCAGACUCCCCUGGCAUCAACAAAAUACCCCAGCGUCAGCAGACUCCCCUGGCAUCAACAAAAUAUCCCAGCGUCAGCAGACUCCCCUGGCAUCAACACAAUACCCCAGCGUCAGCAGACUCCCCUGGCUUCAACAAAAUACCCCAGCGUCAGCAGACUCCCCUGGUAUCAACACAAUACCCCAGCGUCAGCAGACUCCACUGGCAUCAACACAAUACCCCAGUACUCCCCUGGCAUCAACAAAAUACCCCAGCGUCAGCAGACUCCCCUGGCAUCAACACAAUACCCCAGUGUCAGCUGACGUCAACGGAAUUCCCAGCGUCAGCAGACUCCCCUGGCAUCAACAAAAUACCCCAGCGUCAGCAGACUCCCCUGGCAUCAACAAAAUACCCCAGCGUCAGCAGACUCCCCUGGCAUCAACAAAAUACCCCAGCGUCAGCAGACUCCCCUGGCAUCAACAAAAUACCCCAGCGUCAGCAGACUCCCCUGGCAUCAACAAAAUACCCCAGCGUCAGCAGACUCCCCUGGCAUCAACAAAAUACCCCAGCGUCAGCAGAAUCCCCUGGCAUCAACACAAUACCCCAGCGUCAGCAGACUCCCCUGGCAUCAACAAAAUACCCCAGAGUCAGCAAACUCCCCUGGCAUCAAUAAAAUACCCCAGCGUCAGCAGACUCCCCUGGCAUCAACAAAAUACCCCAGCGUCAGCAGACUCCCCUGGCAUCAACAAAAUACCCCAGCGUCAGCAGACUCCCCUGGCAUCAACAAAAUACCCCAGCGUCAGCAGACUCCCCUGGCAUCAACACAAUACCCCAGCGUCAGCAGACUCCACUGGCAUCAACAAAAUACCCCAGCGUCAGCAGACUCCCCUGGCAUCAACAAAAUACCCCAGCGUCAGCAGACUCCACUGGCAUCAACACAAUACCCCAGUGUCAGUUGACGUCAACGGAAUUCCCAGCGUCAGCAGACUCCCCUGGCAUCAACAAAAUACCCCAGCGUCAGCAGACUCCCCUGGCAUCAACACAAUACCCCAGUGUCAGCUGACGUCAACGAAAUCCCCAGCGUCAGCAGACUCCCCCAAGCGUGGCAGACUCCGCCCCACGCCCGGGAGCCGCCGCUGGCCGCCUCGCUUCCCACGGAGCCUGGUCGUGGCGGCACGUAACGACCCGCGGCGAAUGUUUUACGACUGGCACGCUGGCUUCCCGCGGCGCUAUUCCUCUCGGGGACGACUUCCGGCUGGCAGUUCUCCGCCCGCGGAUCUAGGAUUUCAUAGGCGGAUUAUUCUCAUCGUUGGUGCAUGA